AUGGACCACGAUCACGAACAAUUUCCAGAGCUUUCGCUUCCAGAAGCACGAGUUUUGAUCGUCAUCACAGGCGGCACAAUAUGCAUGCGAAAAUCCGCAGACGGCUUGGUACCUGCAAGAGGAUUUUUGAAAGCCGGACUCGCGCCAAGGCCCGUGUUCAAUGAUGGAUCCUAUCCUGAGCCUCUCGAAAUUGUUACCGAUGACAAAGGCAAUAAGAAAGCUGUCCAGAGUUUGAGAACGCCUGUCAGCACAUAUCAACGCAGAGUCAGGUACUGCGUACUGGAAUUUGAAAAGUUGCUCGACAGCAGCUCCAUCGAUUCUACGGGAUGGGACCAGAUCGCGAGAACCGUUCAGAGGAACUACCGGCUGUUCGACGGCUUCGUCAUCCUACAUGGAACUGAUUCUCUCGCCUACACAUCCUCUGCACUGAGUUUCAUGUUUCACAAUCUGGGGAAGCCAGUCAUUCUUACCGGAUCUCAGGCGCCUAUGAUGGAGCUGCAGACCGACGCUCAAGACAACCUAUUAAAUUCCCUCAUUAUUGCUGGCCAUUUUAUGAUACCGGAAGUAUGCCUGUUCUUCAACUUCAAGCUCUUCCGAGGAAAUCGUGCUACCAAGGUAUCUGCAGAAGACUUUGAUGCGUUCGGUAGCCCUAAUCUUCCAGCACUGGCGACUAUUUCAUCAACGAGGACCAACGUCUUAUGGCACAGGGUACAUCGUUCGACAGACCUCAGUCCAUUCGCUAUCCAGACGAACUUAGACACAGGACAUGUGGCUUGUCUCCGCGUCUUCCCAGGUAUCACGCCUGCAAUGGUAGACGCAGUUCUGCGCCUAGAAGGCCUGAAAGGGUUGGUGCUGGAGACUUUCGGCGCCGGGAACACCCCAGGAGGACCCGACAGCGAGAUGACACGAACCUUGGCAGAUGCAGUCAAGAGAGGGAUUGUAAUCGUCAAUGUGACACAAUGUUUGAACGGUAGCGUCAGCCCGCUGUACGCCCCAGCAACCAUGCUCGGUCGAGCCGGUGUGGUAUUUGGGUUGGAUAUGACGUCGGAAGCAGCGCUCACCAAGUUGGCAUACCUACUUGCCCUACCGGAAGCUACUCCCGACGAAGUCGCGAAGCGAAUGGCAGUAUCCCUUCGCGGCGAACUAACUGCGACAACAAGAACUCACUUCGAACACCCGUCGAGCGGUUUCCUGACUCCAGAACUCUCGAACCUUACAGCACUUGGUUAUGCCAUCCAGAGGGGUGACUUACAGGACACGAGAGAUAUCAUUCGCGGAGAGCCGCGAUGGCUACUCAACGACUCCGACUACCAAAAGAACAAUCCUGUGCAUCUGGCAGCGACAAGCCCAAAUGUCGAAAUCCUACGUGAUUUCCUUGCCCAGGGCGCCUCAGUGCAUCUUCGGAAUGGAGCAGGCAACACGCCACUUUUCUUAGCUGCAGCUGCAGGGUUACAGGAGCACGUACGUGUUCUACUCGACGCUGGAGCGCAUCUUCAUCCAAAUGAGAUAAGUGCAGCAAAUCUACGUGCGUUGGAGGGCGACGGCAACGCUGCGUUAUGGGAACUUAUUAUUGGUUCGAAUAAACUCGAACGUUGA